CUUGGUUAUUUCCUAAUUUAGACUCCAGUCUUUCCUCGGAAGACAAUGGCUUCUUCUUCUUCUUCUUCAGCCAAACGAAACACCGCCCUCUCCUUCUUUCCUCUGCUUCUUCUUUCACUUUUCGGGUCUGCAUUUGCGGGCAACAUCGUCAAGACACUCCCGGGGUACCCCGGUCCACUGCCUUUCACUCUCGAGACCGGGUACAUAAGUGUGGGAGAGGUCGAGUUUUUCUACUACUUCGUUCACUCGCAAGGGAAGCCAGCAUCCGACCCGGUUCUGCUGUACAUGAAUGGAGGCCCGGGUUGCACAGGCCUGAAUGGUUUCAUAUUCCAAACUGGGCCAUUGAAAUUUAAUCUCUCCGAUUACACUGGAGGAUUGCCCACUUUACUCAAUGAGCCUAAUGCAUGGACCAAGACAUCCAACAUUAUAUACUUGGAUGCACCAGUCGGCGCCGGGUUCAGUUAUGCAACAACAGCAGCAUCUUACAGCUCCGAUGAUUCAUUAACAGCUCAGCAAAUCCAUAUCUUCGUAAGAAAGUGGCUGAUUGAAUACCCGAGCUUCCAGUCAAACCCCUUCUUUAUCGCGAGCGAUUCGUAUGCCGGUAUAAUCACUCCGAUGCUCGCCCAAAACAUUCUGCAGGGAAAUGAAGCCUUAAUCACACCGCUCGUACGUCUUAAAGGAUAUGUACUUAGCUGCCCCCACACCGACACAGACGUCGAAACCAAUUCGAAGAUUCCGUUCGCUCACCGGAUGACUCUCAUAUCAGACGCAUUGUACAAGGCUGUGAAAACGAGCUGCAAUGAUUAUUAUGUGGAGUCGACGAGCGCAAAUUGCACAGAGGAUCUCGCUGCCGUAAACGAGUGCAUUGAGCUGAUCAACCGGCAGAACAUACUAGAGCCAUACUGUGCGUUCCUGUCGCCGGAGUCGCAUGAAGCCUUCAAGUCCGCGGCGAGCGCAAAGCACCGGCGAGCCCUCCAGGAAUUCACCAAGGAUUACCUUGUCUCUUUCCCCAGGCCUCGUGAUCUAUGGUGCAGGAAUUUCAAUUAUUUGCUCAUUGAUAUAUGGCUCACUUAUCCAAGCGUGCAAGCAGCUCUUCAUGUUCGCCCUGGAACAAUUGUUGGAGAAGUUUUCAGGUGCAAUGUGACCUUAGAUUACACAGUUAACGUAAACACUGUCGUGGAAUACCAUAAGAACCUCAUGGCCAGAGGCAUGCAAGUCCUGGUUUUCAGUGGUGAUCACGACAUGGUUAUACCGCACCUUGCUGUCGAAACCUGGAUAAAACGUCUCAAUCUUACGACCGACUUCAGCUGGAGGCCAUGGUUUGUUGACGGUCAAGUCGCAGGGUACACGGUCAAGUACACAAACGAAGGAGCUCGGCUUACAUAUGCAACUCUCAAGGGAUCUGGUCACUCACCGCCGGAGUACAAACGCAAGGAAUGCUACAUGAUGUACGACCGUUGGAUUCACUACUAUCCUUUGUAAACUCAAAGGAAGUUUUGAGAUAGAUCAGCCCUCUAGCUAUGGUCUCAUCAUAGCCGGUAAUUUUGAUUUAUAAUUUCUCGGAAUUGAUGAGAUUGAGGAAAAUAAUCUGAUGUACUUCGAAGGGCUAUUUAUAGCAAACCCUUGUUCGAUCGGUGAUAUCCAUUGAUAUAGUCAUUGGCGGUCGGUAAUAAGUUUCGAUCAGAAGAUGAGAACGAUUAAUUGAGGCAAUAAUUUUUCCUCGAUAAGCAUAUAUGUUGUAUUCGCAUGGAAUCGUAGGAGGAUUUUCUCAACUAUUUGUUCUGAAUUUUCUGUGAUAUUUUACGCUUUACUUUA